UCAACUCAAUCCCAUUCCAAUAUUCCUCUCUACAAGUGUGUCAGGCAGGAGUAGGAGAAUGGGGUUUGCCAUGCCUGAAAAAAUGCAACUGCACUUGGCCAUGUUGGCAUUGCAGUUUGGUUAUGCUGGUUUUCAUGUGGUCUCCAGAGCUGCACUCAACAUGGGCAUUAGCAAGAUUGUCUUCCCUGUUUACAGAAACAUUCUUGCUUUGCUUCUCCUUCUUCCCUUUGCCUAUUUUCUUGAAAAGAAAGAGAGACCACCUCCUACUUGGUCCUACAUGUUUCAGUUCUUCAUGCUAGCAGUUAUUGGAAUUACUGCAAAUCAAGGAUUCUACUUGUUGGGGUUGGAGCACACUUCCCCUACUUUUGCUUCUGCCAUACAAAAUUCUGUCCCUGCUAUCACAUUUCUCAUGGCUAUAGUACUCAGGAUAGAAACAGUGAGAAUGAAGAGGAAAGAUGGAUUAGCAAAAGUGUGUGGAACAUUGUUAUGUGUGGCUGGAGCUUCAGUAAUUACACUAUACAAAGGACCAACAAUUUACAGCCCAACUCCACCAUUACAAAGAACCUCAUCUAUAAUGUUGCAGCUUCCCGCACUCGGAGAUGCUAAGGGAAAAAGCUGGACACUUGGCUGCAUCUACUUGAUAGGCCACUGCUUGUCAUGGGCAGCCUGGCUGGUUUUGCAGGCACCAAUUCUUAAGAAGUACCCUGCUAGGCUCUCUGUCACUUCUUAUCAGUGCUUCUUUGGAGUUAUACAGUUCCUUAUUAUCGCCGCUUUCUUAGAGAGAGAUCCUCAGGCCUGGCUUGUCCACUCUGGUGCUGAGCUCUUUAGUGUCUUCUAUGCGGGAGUGGUGGCUUCUGGGAUAGCAUUUGCUGUACAGAUAUGGUGCAUUGACAGGGGUGGCCCCGUUUUCGUUGCUGUUUAUCAACCUGUUCAGACUCUUGUUGUUGCCAUCAUGGCUUCAGUCGCUUUGGGUGAAGAAUUUUAUUUGGGAGGGAUCAUUGGAGCAGUGUUGAUCAUUGCAGGAUUGUACUUCGUGCUAUGGGGCAAAAAUGAAGAAUCUAAAUUUGCAAAGGCAGCAGCAAUAAUUCAGUCCCCAGUAGAUCAUGUUAACAACAGGACAACUAGCCAUAUCAAGUCUACUUUGGCUCAGCCACUACUUGGUCAGUCAACUGAAAAUGUAGCUUGACCAGCAAAAACCUAGUAACUUUAAACGACAAAUGCUUGCUGGAUAUAUACCAGAAAGGAGAAGAAUUAAGUAAAAAAACAAAAAAGAGCUUUUGGGGUGUGUUUGAUUUUCUUUUUUUUGUCUUUUCCAUUAGAUCCUUGUCAUUUUUCUUUUUGUCUUUCAUUUUAGUAGCUUUACUCUCACUAGAGGAGAGUGGCUUAAAGGGAUGAGAGAGAUGUUGGGAGGGAGGAAAACAAAAAGAGAAAAGAAAAACAGGGGUGUGAUGAUUGCUCUUUUGAUGUGGGGUCUCUGCAUGCAAAUCCCAAAGUUGGUGUUCUUAUAGUUCAAUUAUAUCAAUGAAAGAAAUUAGAAUUAUAUAUAUGGUUCUAAUUGUGGAA